CAUGAAGGAUCUUCGUCUCAGAAGAGAAUGGGAAGAGGGAAGAUCGAGAUCAAGCGAAUCGAGAACACGACGAAUCGGCAGGUGACGUUCUGUAAGAGGCGGAACGGAUUGCUGAAGAAAGCUUAUGAACUGUCUGUGCUUUGUGAUGCUGAAGUCGCUCUUGUUGUCUUCUCCAGUCGUGGCCGUUUGUAUGAGUAUGCUAACAACAGUGUUAGGGCAACAAUUGAAAGGUAUAAAAAAGCAUAUUCUACUUCCACAAGCGCAGAAUCUGUGUCUGAAGCUAACACGCAGUAUUACCAGCAAGAAUCAACCAAAUUGAAAAGACAAAUCAGAGAGAUUCAAAAUCUAAACAGGCACAUCCUUGGUGAAGCACUCAGCACUCUAAGCCUUAAGGAACUAAAGAACCUUGAAAGCAGAUUGGAGAAAGGCUUAAGCAGAGUCAGAUCCAGAAAGCAUGAAACAUUGUUAGCUGAAGUUGAAUUCAUGCAAAAACGGGAAAUUGAGCUGCAAAACCACAACAAUUUUCUGAGAGCAAAGAUAGGUGAAUUUGAGAGAGCUCAACAACAACAACAACAUCAACAGGAACAAAAUUUUUUAAUGGCACCUGGUGGAGGAACUAUAUGUGACACAAUUGCAUCUUCACAACAACCACCACCACCAUUUGAUCGCAACUUCUUUUAG